UCUCUCCCCUUCGAGUCCGGCUACCAAGCUAAACGGUGCGACUGAACUAUCUUGUAUAAGUGUAUUGGUGAUGUGGCUAUGCCACCUCACAACCAGUAAUAUAUAUACAUUGUAUCUUGUUAAAUUAUCAUAUCAAAUAGUCUAAUUGUCAAAUAAAUUGUUUUGUUUUUUAAUAUCAAAUACAAAAUUUCGUGUCCUUAUUUUAAAAAUUGUUAUUUAAAAUUAAAUUAAAUGUAAAAAAGUAAAGUGAGGGAAACCAUACUUUACAAUUGGCUCUCAACUAGAGGCUCAGCCACGAGCGACUAAUUGGCUCAAUAUUUUUUAUCAAAACACUAGAAGCAUUAAAAGUAAGACCAAUGAUAUUAGGAUCAUUAGCAUAUCAUCUGGAUUUGAUAUUAUGUGCCUUACUAAAACUUGGCUACAAUGUGGAAAUUUGUCUGAAUUAAAACUACAUACUUUCUACGUACGUCAAUGUCAAUGAUAUUGAUAAUUCUAUAGUCAACAAUAAGAUUUCUUCAGAUAGUUCAUCGCACGACUCCAAUACAAUGGCUACUUUCCAUGCAAUUCAGAUUACCAGACAAAAUCUACCAGUGAUUCUUUUCGUUUGGCUGAGUUUGGCAGUGAGACUGGACUUUACAACAGGUAAUCGAUGGUCAAGGCAGGUAUCGAAAAGCGAAUGGAUACCUAUGACUCAUUCACGGUCACAGUUUUCUGAAACUCCAUCGAAUCAAGUACCACUAGUUUCGUUAGUUGAAUCAUUACGUUUAUCCCCUGAGUCAAAACAACAAUAUCUCCAGGAACAAGCGCAACUGCAUAGAAGCCGAAACGGUAUUCAAAAGCUUCUUGCCAUCCAGCAGCAGCAGCACAGAAAUCAACAAGAAGUCUAUCAGGGUCACACUUACUCACCAAAUGUUGUUUCGAGUUCUAACAAGAUGGCUUUGAACCAGAACACAGUUAAUACUUACCAUGGUAUACCAAAUGUUUCUCCUGAUGUUUCGAUUCCUCCUAGAAUAAUGAGUGAUGCAUUACCAGUCUAUUCACCCUAUGAACUUACCAAAACGGGACUUCCAUCAGAACCCGAAACAUAUGACAUAACAAAAUCAAAAAGUUCAACAAUCAGUGCAGGAAUUCAAGAGAUCAGUUAUUUUCCUGAAACCAUUCCGAGUGGGCUGAAUGGAGUUGGCAAAAAUCAAAAUACCCAAGAUGAGAUACAAGUCGUGUACGUGCCAGCAGAAACACUUGUGAAAAGAGACAAAUUGAAGAAGGAUAAAAAUCAGAACCAAAAACAAAUUGAUUUCUCCCAAUCAAAAUGGUUCGAGCAUCACUCUACAUAUCCACAAAGCCACUUACCAGAAAAUAUUGUACUUAGUUCUGCUGAUCAGUAUAUUCCCGUCACUCAUCGAUUGGUAGAGUUUCCUCGUGUUUAUGACGGACAUGAUUAUUUUUUAGAAAAUUCUCGUCAAAAAGAAUUAGAACAUUCGAAUAAGUUACACUCAGAAAUGCAGAAAAAAGCAGAAUUCCAAAUGUCAGCAAGACAUCAUGAACGAGAAAGAUUUCCUCUAAGAGAAUCUGAGCAUAGACAGAACGAACAAGCUAAAGAUGCGAUUGAACGAGAUAUUGAACAGUUGCAACAGCUACAUGGAAAAUAUCAUGAACUUAAAGAUGCUGGACAGACGAAAGAAAGCGUAGUCGGAAAUAGACAACUCAAUACUGACCAAGUAACUGCUCUUGAACGACAGAAAAAUGAAGAAAAACUGACAGUAAAGAAGGAGAACGAUCGUAUGAAAAAAAUUAAUAAUCAAGGUGGGUUUACUGCUGAUACAUCAGCAGAUGAGCUUUAUUCAAAUGAUCAAAAAAAGUAUUCUACGAGGACGGAAAAUCUUUCCAACAUACUGAAAUCCCCUAAUAAUAAAUCCCAAACUAAGCUCGAUCAUCAUUACAAUUAUCAGUACGAAUCGACCAAUAAAAAUUUUCGACCAAACCAAGAUGCCCAAACCAAUCAACCAACUCCAAAUCAACCACCACUAGCUAUAUUCUUAAGAAAAGAUGACCAAACCGAUAUCAUACAAAAAGAGACUAUAGACGAUGUUCUUAAAGCCCUCAAGAAUGCCAUAACAAUUGCAGUUCUUGAUCAAGUUUCUAUUGAUGCUCCAAAAGUCUUUGUUGGACCAUCAAACUUAGAACUAUUACAAAGAUAUGCUAAAUUUGAGCUCCCUUAUUUGUCAUCUUUAGAUACAAGUCUUGUUGAAAAAAGAAUCAAUAAACUACCGUUCUUCGUAGCUCCUCUUAGUUUUAUUCCUCCUGAAGGACACUCAAAAAUUCCAUUUCCAGCACCUCAUAUUGGCUCUGUUAUAAUUAACUAUAGUGAUUUUAUUCCGUCAUCAAUGGAUAAUUUUGAAUAUUCGCUUGACUUCAAUUCAAGACCAGCUGCUGAAUUUAACUCAUUCAUAAGUAGCUCUGGACAACAAUUAUCAAUCACGCCAAACUACUGGAUUACAACCACUCCAACUUAUACUGAAUUUAUGCAAGAGUAUAUUACUCCACAAUACCAGCAGAGUACAAGCUCAUCAUCAGUUCCAAAUAGCUUUUCUAAACUCAGACAACAACCAUAUGAACAUCAGCCUAUGAACAACUUUUCGAACAAAGAGUCUCUUGUUAUGUCUCCUUUUCAGGAUAACACAACAAGUUCAGUCCAAUCACGGAUAGAAUAUUCCAAAUCAAAGCUACCUGUCUCGGAAAUAUUGAGUCCUUAUCAACAUCAAAAUAUCGAUUCGUAUAAUAAUUAUGAACGAGAUUCAGAAGUUACAACUUCGGCUUAUCGUAACCAUUUAGAAACAGAGUUUUUACAGAAUAACCAACAUGUUUAUAGCGAUAAUAACUCAUCUAACUUUCACGACAAGUACCCUAACACUAGCUCCAGCAAGCAUACCCAUUACUUAUUCGCUGAUUUAAUUAGGCCAGUAUAUAUCUCAAAUACGAAUGGUACUGAGGAAAAACAAAACAUUAAUCCGAUGGGCAGUAUGACUACAACUUCAAAUCCCAUUAUAACGACUACACUACAACCUCCAGUAACUACUCCUCAAAUCCGGAGCCGAAAAAGAAAUAAGAGUACUGUUCAACCUAUUAUUACUCCUAUCAUCAAUACAACAACUCGUUCAAGGAUUGCUAAAGAUCAGACUGAUUCAUCACGUGAGCCUUUCAAUUACUCUCGCUCGAGAUCAACGAGCAUCACCGAAGAAUAUAGUAAAGACUCAAGUGAACCAAAACUAUCUGAAGGGUUGGAAACUGCUAAGCAAUCAUCUAUUACGAAUCAAUUCCGUCGCCCAGAUACAACAAAAAGACAUAAACUCAAACCCCUUAAUAACACUGCUUACGUGGCCACGAAUAAAGAACUUGAUCAUCCUGCUGAUAAUAAAAAACAUUCAACCGAUUCUCAAGACCCAGUACCUUCUGUUGGAAAAAAUCAAAAUUAUCUAAGGAUAUCAAACAUAUCGUCAGAUUCACGUAUUCAGCAGUCGAAUUUCCACAUGGCUAAGACACAUAGUAGAGAUCCGUAUCAAAAAGAAAUUAUCCACCCAGUGUCUUAUGGAGCUGUUGAUCAAACUUCAUCAACUUUGCAAUUAAAAAUAAAUCAUAAUCCUCAAAUCAAUUAUAGACAUAAUGAAACUCUGGAAAAUUCUUCACUCUUUAUGGCAGAGCCCACGAAGACAAGUUCUGAAGGAAUAAUAUCAACUAGCGAAAUAGCAACAACAAUAAAAACAAUGACCCCAGCAACUAUUUCAACUCGACACCGUGUUCAUACUCGUUUAAGCUCUCAAACACGAAAACAAUCUCCGAUUCAAGAACAGUCUAAUAAAUUGCAGAGAAAGUACGUAAUAUUUAAUGGAAUAAAUCAAGAAACGAGUGAUAUUUUACCAUCUUCAAACGGCUAUCAGCUAGAUUCUGGCCAAUCCAGAAAUGGGACUUAUCCUCAUCAACAGAAAGAAGUGCAGAGUGGAGGUGACAACUAUGUAAGAAUUAAAUCGUCAAGUCGAUCUAAAAAUCAAAAAUUAGUAGUGCAAACGCCUAGAUCAAGAGUAGAACUUAUGAUAGAACCUCAAACUCCUGCACCAUUUACAACGAAAGAAGAGUUUCAGGAAGCUAACUUUGGAGAUGAUUCUGCUUAUCUACCUAUUUCCAAUCAUUCAGAAAGUCAGGCGGGUAGUAAACUAAAAACACUUGCUUCACAAAUUCAAUUAAAAAAUAUCACACGAACAAAUAUUACUGCUGAAGAUUCUAGUUCUAUUCGAGCUCCCACCUUAAAUUAUCGUCGAAAGUAUCCUGUACGUAACCAGUCUCUUCAUAUGAUUAAAUCAUCAGCUGAUUCAAUGACAACCACGCUACCUAGUAUUGAUUACACUAUUCAAUUUCGAGUUGAAAAUAAUGAAUCAAAAAAUAAAACUCGCAUUAAGUCACGUCGUCUCAGUGCUCGAAGACGCUCAACUUCAACCGUAAGUCCAAAUUUAACAACAAUAGAUGAUACGAAUAACAGAAAAAUAAGCUUGCUAAGAGAUGAAAAUUACCCCGAAAGUCUUUUGGCUCGUACCAAAAGUUCUAUUGAUCGCCAGUCUGUCGACAGCCAUCAGGAAAACCACAAAACCAUGCAUGAAUCAAAGAACUAUACUGCUGAAAAUAUAGAAGUAGCUCGAAGGCAAAAAGUAAGGAUUCCUGUCGAGCCUCUUACAUCUAAUGAGUUUAUAACCACUGAAUCUAAAUAUAUGAAUUUAGAAAAAGAGAUGUCAGCAGUUACAACUGAUCACGAUCAUAUAGAACAUAAUUUACGAACAACGACUUACCUACCAGAAAUCUUCAAGGCCAAUACAUUAAGAACGAUAGAUUCAAUGACAAUCAUGAAUACAGCAUUUAAUGAUAGAAUAACUAAUCACUAUUCUGAAAUCCUAGAGGACGGUGGAAAAACUGAAGAGAACACUAAAAAAAAAAGACAAGAAGGUACCGCAAUUACGGAAGACAAUGGUGACAUCCUACUUACAACAGAAAGUUCUUCUAUCAAAAUAUAUACAACGAUGGAUAAUAGUCGAACGAUUUCUCCAACAACGACAACCCAAGAAACCACAAAAAAAUCAUGGAACACGGUCAAAAGUUACGAAAAACAGUUUGUUACGAGAAAUCCUUUACAAUAUUCGGAAAAGCAGCUGGGCGUAACCGACGACUUAGAAACUGAUAGAAAUGAUACGAUCAGUAUGGACAUUGACGGGGAUCAUUUAGAUAAACCUAAGGAAAGGUAUGCAAAAAAUCACAAAAGUGAGUGGAGUGAGAUUCACUUCCCUAGUCACAGAAAGGUUUAUGGAUACGGUGGAUCAAAAUUAUUGAUCGAAACAACACAACCUCCCAACACAGUAAGUGAGUCUAUCGAUGAUAAUGGUAUUGAAACUUUAUCGGGCUAUGUGCAAGCAAUGUUCAACGCAAUGAAAAAGACUGAUGAAGAAAAGCAUAACCUUGAUAAUAUACCUCGCUUUCCAAAACAGAAAAAAAGUAUAAAAGAAAACUCCAUUAUAAGCUUUAAGGAAAAUUCGGUCGACAAAAAUAUAAGUAUAAGUACAGAUAUUCGGAAUAAUAAUCAAAACUUUCAAAAUAACUCAGAAGAUUCACUUAUUUUUAUUGAACCUAAUCUAAAUAAAAAUUUAAUGAUGUUAACAUCCUCCACAAAUGGAGAAAGCCUUUCAACCAUGACAACUAUUCCAAACAUGUCAACGAUACCGUUUUUAAAUCCAGUCUCAAGUACUUCAGGGGAAAAUGUUACUCAGUCGAAAUUGAAUGAAAUCCUGACAACGUCAACGCCAACUAAAGUCUCACAUAUGACUGAAAUGUGCUAUAAGGGUCGUUGCAUUAUUACAAAACCACGAAAUCAUGCUUGAAUGUAUUUAUUAUCAUGAGAAAAUGCUAUUUAUAUACUUUAGAAUUUAAUAAAAGAAGAGCCGUCACCAAAUAUAUGAUUCAGUUAUUCUCAACUUACUAUCCUUUCAAAGAAUACAUCAUACAUCUUAUACGUCAAGCAAUUUCUGUGAAUGAACGAUUCAUCAGUUUCCAUAGAUUUAUCAAACACUGAGAGAAAUUUUAACUAAAAAUUAAAACCCAUGUUGAAUAGAAAUUACUAUACUGCUUUGUAAUUUUUUUUUUAUUUCUGGGACUGGCCGCGAGAGAUGAUAUUCUACAAUAAAAUUAUGUAAAAUGUCACACAAUGUCAAAAAAUUGGUAUGUUACUUCAAGUCUCUGUACAUCGUUAUCUAUUGCAGAUAGACAUGGGGUUAAGUGGAGUUAAUUAUUGAGAAUUCAAUUCUAAACAAUUUAUAAAGAAUUACUUUUUUCGAUCAAUCUUCUAGAUAAUGACUUAUGAGUUAAUUAAAAUAAAGUACAUACAUGUUUUGUGGAAACGAUAAA